ACUAUAUAUUUAUUUUAAAGAUCCAAGGAAAUAAUAAUUGCAGUAUAAUUCGCCAUGUGAAAAUCAUUAGAAAUGCCUACAAAAUAUCUGAUAAUCUAUUAUGAUGGCACUUAUAACAGGUAACCUGUAUGCACAGUGUCCAAAAUGUCUGUAUUUUACUGUUUUCUCUGGACCCAGUGGUUUAGUCUGGGCGUUAAUGAGUGAAUAGGGAUGGUCUCCUGUUUAUAAAUAGAUAAAUCGUACACAGUAAAAAAUACGCAUAUAAAAUGAAUAUAGCCAAUAUAGGCACAUUCCAAAGACAUAUAAUGGUUGUUUUAUGUGUAUAUGAUAGUAUGGUAGGUACAUUCCACGGACUCCGUGGUACAUUCAUAGUUCCGUUUAGAAUUUCGUCUAAUUUGUAAGGAUUAAUUUCCGUUUAUUAUUAUGACACAUCAAUGUUCCUGAAGUAAUGAAUAUUUUUAUCGAUAUAUAUAUAUAGACAAAAUUAAAUCUCGAUAAAAAAAAAUUUUAUAUAUACUUACCUCGGUUACUAUCACUACGACGAAAAGUAUUUUAUUUAUAGUAAAUAAUAAAUAAUAUAUAGGUAAAAUCAAAUUAGUUUUAAAUUAACACGUCAAAUAAAUUUUAAGUAUAAAAUGAAAAACAUCAAAGGUAAAAGUGCCAGACGUAAGAAGUUACAACGAUCUUCUGUGGCCACAUUUGACGAAGCUGAUAUUAUGCUCAAACGGUUGAUGGUGCCCACAGACGAUGAAACUGCCGUGACCCAAAAAGUGAGGCAGCGCAUGAACAAGCUUAACAGCGACCGAAAUCAAACCACCCGGAUCGAAAUGUCCGACAUUGUGGACGAGCCCUUGAUGCCGCCGUCCUACAUCCCCGGGUCGUACGUUCCUACAGUGAUCUCCGUGUCCAAGUUUCCGAAGAUUCCGGGCAGCCCCGGGAUCCGCCGGCAGCGCGUAUUGCAAUCAUGUUCGUUCCAAGGCAAGAACUCGAAGCGUUAUGGCUGUAUUCGGUAUCCUUGGUGGAGCGACGAUAAUAUCCACACGUACGUGGAGUUGAUUAGUGCGGAAGAUGUGGAGGAUGAACUGCCCUCGCGUACGAAAAAUGCGAAGACGAUUGUCAGAUCGCCCGAAUACCACAAUCUUAUAAUUCCGCAUGAAAACCGCCAUCUUUGUUCAAAGAUGUUGGACAAACGGAAGACGAAAAUCGAGCCGGCGCUUGGGAGUCGCAAGUCAAUCGUGCACCGAAACCACGUUUUGCAAGUACCAGAUAGUUUCGAUGCUGGAUGUAAAGAUGAUGAUCUUCAGCCAACCAAACCACCAGCUCCACAUCGUCGGCCAGUAAGGAUAGUUAGAAUUUAAUUAAUCCUACACGACAUGUUCUUCGUA